AUGGUGUUCUUCUCGAAGGUCUUCAAGAGCAAGGAUGCAAAGGCGGGCGCAAAGCAUAAAGCACAACAAGUCGACUCCAAUCAAGGACACAUGCCCAUGGCAAAACCGAGAUUUGUGUCCAACUGGAACAGCAGAGAGAUUGAUCCGGAAGAGGUUGACGAGCUCAUACAAGUGUGCACUCUGAUCCUCAAGUCAAGAGCUGAGGCACUGGAUACACCAUUUUUGCUCCUACCGUUCAGGCCAGAGACCGACACCGUUCCGGCAAAGAGAUUUAUCAACAACUUCUUCAAGAGCAACCGGGAGGGAAGCAAUAACUACGCUGGCUCGAGCCUCCGCAGAGAGCUUGUUCUCACUGAUCCGGCUAUCUUGUGCAGCAUUCUUAAAUGGUGCUGGAGUCGCAUGCCAGGUGGUGUGGUGACAUGGCCAGUCUAUCAUGGUUUCUCUCUCGGCGAACGUGAUUCGAACAUGGCAAGAAACGCCUUCCACACUUUCAUUCCUAUGACCGUCGAUUCCAACGCCAGAAAGAACAUCAUUUACAACUUCUUCGAUCUCCUGACCGCAAUCGCCGCUCACGGGAAAACAAAUGGAUUUGGAGGCAGAAAGCUGUCGCGUAUGGCCGGUUGGUGGGCAUUCGAGCAUUCGGACGAAGGAAAAGGAUUCGAAGGCGGCUACAAGUCAUGGGUGACUUCUGCGGAUGCUUCCAGUCAUCUCUUUUUCGCUUACCUCAGAUCUCUCAACCCUGAAGCUCUGGACGGAUUUUCAGGCAUCAACGGUCUACCAAGAUCUAUCCAAGCAUUGUUGGCUCAGACCGAAUAUCCUCCUGAGGCGCCUACACUCAUGCAGAAACAAACACCAAAAGUCGUCAUGCUUGUGGACGUCGUAUCUCCAGGUCCAUUUGCUCUGCUCCGUAGAGCUAACAACUUCGAAUAUCGGGACGAAGAUCUGCAGAUGUUCUCGGAAUACCCUGAUCCUGCUCAAGCAUUGACUGAAGAGUGCAGGCGUGUUCUCCACUGUAUUACCGUCGCAAAUCAGUCUGUCGCAGUACGAUCUCAAAGUAAUAUGAGUCUUGGAAUGGACAGCCUAAACAACAGACCCGACGAAUCUUGGUCACAUUUCCAAGAUUUUGGUUUCUCGUCCAUUGGUGACGACACUAACGAUAACACGAGCGGUGCGCGCUCACCAAGCAUAGAGCCAAGACUGUCAGGACUCAGAUCUGCACCUCGUUCUCGUGCCGAUGAUGGUGGACGUCCAACGACACCCUCUUGGGCCGAUUUCCUGAACUCUGGAUUUGUCGACGAAGGCAACAAAGUCAACUCUCAGCCUAUACGCAUGCUGAUGCCACCUGACAAGAUGCUUCCCCCUAUCAGCAGUGGGCCUCCGCGAUCGUCCAAUGGCUAUCAAGAAGAAGACGUCAACCCGGGCGAACUAGCUAGUAUCACAAAGUUCGACCUUGACGACUGCUUUUGGUGGGUUUGGAUGACUAGUCUUGCUAGUGAAGAGCCUGCCGCGAGAAAGGCUGUCUUCGGUCGAUGUGCCCUUGUCGAAACUGGUAUACUCCAUGGCCGCUGGAUUCUGCUGGAGGAAAUGAUCAAGAGCGCUGCUCCCGAACUGGAAGAAGGUGCCUACAUUGCCGAGAAGAAGUCACGUUUCGGUUUCAGCCGCAGGGGGAAACAAAGCCGCAGGAAAUCGGCCACUCUGCCUCCAAGGAGAUACGACAGUCCUCAGUCAGAGCGACAAGCUGCAUCGACAACACCCGAUAAGCUCAGUAUCUCUCCAGACCAGCAAGCAAGAAUUAGAGCAGCAGCAGCUACUCUUGCUCGCCAACACGUUAGGACAGUCGAAACACCAAGUGCGCAACGCCGUGGACGACACGACGAUGCUUCAUCAAUGAAAACCAACAGCGUUUUGACAUUGGGUCUGACUAGUGAAGCGGCACCAGCUAUGAGAUGGGCCCAUACUUUCGACAAAGAAGCGACACGCAAACAAUACUUGGGCGAUAACUUCGCUGGUAAGGGAACACCUGUGGAGAUGUAUGUUCCUGAUGAUGCUACUUCGUCUGUCGAAACGCAAGGAUCCAACAAGCCUCUGCCUUCUCCAGACGCUCGGAAACAAUCAAUUGCUAUUUCCGAGGUUUCCGUGGUGUCCGAGGUGUCCACUACUCCGGAUCAGCCAAACGCAAGCGUGCCAUCUGUGCCCUCGGUACCCAAGGUCACCGAGGUAGGCAGGAAGCCAGUCCCGCAACGUACUAACAACGUGCAAAACCAUCCGGCAUUUAGGCCCUCUAUGGAAGGGCAGAGGCCCGCCAAAUCAGAGACUUCCGCAGUAAAAGCUGCAAGAGAAGCCUGGGAGGCGAAGGCGGCUACCUUCAGCCCAGAUAAGAUGGCUCACGAACCCAACAAACGACCCAACGGUUUCAAGCGUAUGUUUAGCAAGAGCCACAAGAGUGACGAUGGCAAGCGUGAAGCUGCUGGUCAACAACCAUCAGCUUCGAUGACUAGCUUGGCACCUCCUUCCGAAACGAACCUCGGGAGGAAACUGUCUCUACUUCGCAAAAAGUCUACCACCCCAACUCCUCCAGUUCAACCUACACUUCCAACUGCCGAGCCUCUGUUCCCACGCCGUGCAGUAGCAAACAACCUGACAGCACCUGUUUCGGGAUCCAGCCCUCCGGUAGUCAGCCCAUUGGAGCCGAGCUUUGCUCAGCAGCAUGGCGGAGCCGAUGACCACAUAGUCUCUCCCGUACACUCUGAGCACAGAGGCAAUGCUGACGACGAGUAUCAACGUUUUGAUCAGGGCCCUCUUUCCGAUAACCCUGCUUGGACGCCUCGUGGAUCUAUCGACUCUCAUCUACAAGCGCAAGCAGAGGCUGCUCACAAGGCAGAUCUGGAGGCAGGACAUCUCAAUGCACCCGGUGGGUUCCCUGAAACCCCUCUGGAAACGCCGAUGGACCGCAGGAUCAACAGCUACACUGAAUCCGAGCCUGCCUAUGAUGCCGCUCAGCCGGUCGCAAACAACCUUGACAGAUGGGCACAGAUCCGAAAGAAUGCUGCCGAACGAGCUACCAGAGUCAGCGAAGAUCAGGUCUCUGGCCGCCCAUCUCACAUCACUAACGGCACUGAGGAUGACGGCGAUACCAGUGGCGAAGAGACCAUCGAGGACAGAGUCGCUCGUAUCAAGGCUCGUGUUGCCCAUCUGACUGGCAACCUGGAGAAGGCACCCACCAGCAGGCCUCGUUACUGA